AUGGGUCGUAACCAGGCCUACUGCUGUAUCUGCGGAGGCCCGUUUCUAGAACCUGGCACUCGUGAAGAUGAGCCCGGCGAUUGGCUAUGCUAUCCAGCACUUUGGACUACUGUCCAUGAUACGAAAGAUGGCGUCGAGUUAGACACAUACAAAUGCCAACUAGGGAUGUAUACCUAUGACCUUGUCAAUCUGAUUGGUGAUUCCCAAAGACGAGUGUUGGAGCAGGAGGCCACAUACCAGCAGCAUAAUGUGUUUUUGAUCUCAGAAUCAGGCAAGAAGGUCCCCGCCUUUCACGUUGUUGACAAUGAGAGUGCCAUAUACCUCGCAGUUCACAGCCAAUGUUCCCAGCUCGUCCAGCGCUUCAUCAGCAGCAGACGCGAGGCCCACGACGUGUUCCAGACCAGCGACAAAGAUGAGAUCUGUUCCGUCAAACAACUGUGGCAAGUUGUUUUUACUCGGCUAUCGGCAUCUGGGCGUGGGGUUGCCUCUAACAUAGAGCACCCGACCCGAUAUUGCGGUAUUGCUUCUCUUCAUUUGACAGAGUGGGAGCCAGAUAAUAACCCGCUGGUUGGUGAAUGUGUAGAAGCAGACCCAAUCGAGGUGCCAAAUUUGACUGAGUGCAUCCUGGAUAACCUGGAAGCAGAUGCUUCGAGACCUCGCAGCGAGGAAACUUCAAAUGAUGUGAAAGAUCAAGAUUGGUGGUUCAAUAAAUUCAUCACCAAGAAGGAACUUCCUUGGAUGUGGGACUUAGACGAAGAUGUGGUCAGCGAGAAGCAACAUACAGGUGAUUGGAAUUGGGAGCUUUUGGUCAAGAAGCUGUCCCUGACUGAUAUUUCUCGUCCUGAAGAUGAGACUCUGCGUCUUCCUCUAGGUCUUCGCAACCGACGGAGGAUUUGGAAAUGCAUAGAAGACGCAAGACUAGGCGAUAUUCAGAGGCAGAUAGGCCCGCCUCUUCUUGGCUUCGAUGUGCCAAUGGAAGGGAACCUUUGGGAUGGCUAUACACCAAAGAGCCAACAACCAGCUGCAUGA